AUCAGCCGUUGCUCUUUUGAGGAGGUAUCUUAGUGUUGUGUGUCCUCGGAGUGAAGAGAGCUUGUUUAGAAAAGGGAUGGAGUCCGAUAUUUUAUUUUAUAUUUUCCUUUUGAAUUUGAUUAGUUCCCGAUUGAAAUUCUGAACACCAACACCCCAAAAAGAGGAAGAUGACAACCAAGCCGAGACCACAAUCAGCCUUCCAACUCAACCACUCCUCAUCAUCAACAACAACAACAAAAACAAAAACAAAAACGACGACAACGGCAACAAACCAAGCCAGCUCGGACGAAGGCCAGGAUGGAGACCACGAACUACGACGACAACAGACACUCAAGACUACUCUCUCUGGGACUGCUAAGACUAGCUUGGAUUGGUUGUGGCAAAAGUCCGGCAUCUUGGGCAAUUGGAUCAACAUCAAACACACCGGGAACAUCGGAAUUCAGGCUUUCUGGCCGACCUCGCUGGACAAAGAGUGUGACAAAUGUGCGCGAAUCUUGUAUACGUUUACCCAACGAGGCUUGAACGGGACGGUGCACUCGACCUUAGACGACACCCAAGCAGAUAAGCGGAAGACGGGGGAAGGGGUGACCAAGAAGAUCCCGACGCACAUCAUCCAGCAGGCCGAAGGCCUCGCCAUCUUCACCGUCUUCCGAUCCACUCACGCCGCACCCUCGGCCUCCGGCUCUGGGCUCCUCAUCUCCAGAGACUCGCCCACCACCUGGGGCGCCCCCAGCGGGAUCCUCAUCCACUCCCUCGACUCCGGCUUCCUCGCUGGCAUCGACCUCUACGAUGUCGUACUGGUACUUCGGACUCAAAAAGCGGUCAUGUCCUUCGCUAAACCAAAGGUUUCUCUUGGCCCAGAACUUGCAGUCGUCGCCGGCCCGAUCGGGAAUGGCGUCAGCUUCGAAUCAGGUCCGGAAAUUAGUCCAGUCUUCUCAUACACGAAAUCCAAAGGAAUUUAUGGCGGUCUUCAAUUGGACGGCAACAUAAUCGAAGAACGGACGGAUGAGAAUGCGAGGUUUUAUGGUCGAAAGGUGAAAGCAGAGCAGAUCUUACAAGGAGGAGCAGUGGCGGUACCGCGAGCGGCGUCAGGCUUGAUAGCGGUGAUUGAUGCGGCGGAGGGCAAAGCGUAUGAUCCGGAGGACUUCCCGGCAUCGAUUGAUGUUGCGCCGAGUGAGGAGUCCAUGGGGGUCUCGACGAUCCGAGAGAGUCGAGCGAAGGCGGCCCAAGAUUCUGGGAUUGUCGAGAUGGAUGAGGAGGCGGAUGAGGAGCAGCAGGAGGAGGAGGAGACCGAGGUGAGGGAGCCGACGAAGCCGGAUGCCUCCAGUCCCCGGCGUCGCACGAUGCCGCCGAUGGCCUUCCAUCCCGCCUCCGGCUCCCCGGGAAAGGCUACUAAGCAGGAGCCCCAGCCAGAGCCCGACGGGGCGGUCGAAGCCGACAAAGAAAGCGCCCCGCUCGCCGCCCUCACUCUCGUCGCUCCCCUUGCCGCUCCCCCACCUCCGCCGCCCCGGAGAAGAGGACUCACGGUCUCGCGGCCUCCGACAGAAGAAGGCUCCACUGGCCCGCACUCUCCGACCACUCUUGUCCCUACCCGCCAAGACCUUCCUCACCAAGCUUCUCAAGAAACUAUCCAUCCUCCUCCUCCUCCUCCACCACCUCCUUCCGCCCCAGAUCUCGACUCCCUAUCCAUCUCCGAUAGCGUAGCUCUCCUCUCUAACAACUCCGAUAAACCUCCAGAACCGUUCUUGCUCCAUGAACGCUCCGAUUCUAGUCACUCCAUCACUUCCCCUCCUAAGCCUUCUGAAACCGAACCCUCUUCGUCUUCUUCUCUUGCUUCUGUCCCUCUGUCAUGAAUCAUCUCAAACUCUAAGAAACGUUCUCAGAAGAACUAUACAGAUAGAUAUCGAUAUUUAUAUAUGCAUGUUUAUUUUGGUUCGACUUAUUUUUUAUGUUUUUACUUUUGUCUUUUUUUCUUUUCUUUUCUUUUCGGUUUUUUUUUUUUAUUAUUAUUAUUCUGUCAACAGACA